UGUAAAAAUGUAGUAAGGAUGACGCCUCUCAGGAUGUAACAACAUGGAAACCAGGUCCUCCUGGGUCUUGCUGUUGUGGCGGCUCUUGUUGGUUUAAUUUGCCUUUGUGGGGUCAGCUUUGCUUCUGAAGAAUCAGCUGCUCCCAUAAGAAGAGUGUUUAUGCUCAGAGUCUGUCACCAUGGAGACAGUCAACAGUAGGGAAUCCAAGAUCACAUCAUCCCUGGAGGCUGGAAGCGAAUUCUCUUGGGGCCCUUUUAUUCUGUGCAGUUGGCAGGGUAUCAUCUACUCAGAAGGGUGGCUGGGAAGAAAAAAAGGUACCCCAAACUCAGCAACUUCACAUUUUACCACCCUCACAACCUUAAAUUGUGUCAAGUCAAAGGAACUUGGGGAAAGUUCCUACCAUGCAGUGUUUGACUGAUCUGAGUCCACAGCCACUGUCUACUCCAAGUUGGAAGAUUGAGACCAAGUAUUCAACUAGAGUGCUCACUGGAAAUUGGGUGGAAGAGAGGAGGAAGUUCACCAAAGCCACUGAGAAAACACCCCAGUGCAUCUACAGAAAAGAGUACGUCCCCUUCCCAUGCCACAGACCGGACCAGAUUUCCAGGUGGUAUGCAGAGAGGAGAGUUGAGGGGCUCCCGUACAAACAUCUGAUCACCCACCACCAGGAGCCUGCAUACCGCUAUCUGAUCAGCACGUAUGAUGACAAUUACAACCGGCAUGAUUAUAACCCAGGCCUGCCCCCAAGCCGCACCUGGAGUGGACAUAAGCUGCUGUGGCUCCCGGAGAAAGCCGACUUCCCCCUUCCUGCUCCCCCGACAAACUACGGACUCUACGAGCUGCUGAAGUGGAGGUGGCUCACCCCUGACGCUGCCCCGAGGGAGAGCGUUUACACCUCAUCCUAUCCCAGACCGCCGCUGUGUGCCCUGUCCAGGCGGGAGCACGCCAUCCCCGUCCCGCCCCCAGGCCUGCACCCUGCCCCACACUUCUGAGAAUUGCACCCCCCUGGCAGCGAGGCAGAACCGACUGGCGAUCCCCUGCCCUGCUGGGCCUGCCAGACAGCAGGCGGUGCAGCUCCACCCAGAGUUUUAAAUCCAGCUCAUCUGGGGGCCUUAGAAUCAUAGUCUGUGUUGGACUGUUCCCCACCUUCCUCCAAACCACCGGCUCCUUUCUCUUCCAUCCCACAAUUAAAGCUCUUUGGGGACGGUGUGUCAUGUAUGUACAGAAGGCAGAAAGUCAGAACAAACUGGAAGGACCCUUAAGUUCCACUCCCCUGUUUCUUGGUGGGGUGGGGGUGGCACGGACCCCAGGGAGCAGAGAGAGGGAAGCCCACAGCAUCUGCCCCCAACCUCCCAGCCCAAGGAUCUUUUACUGUGAGAGAGCCCUGUUGCUGAGACCUCGGAGGCAUGUCCUACCACCUGAUGGAGAGGCCAGCCUCGGGCUGAGGAUGACCUGUCUCCAGUCUGCCUCUCCGGCUGUCAGGAUUUGGUGGUGAUGGCCAAACUGCCUCAUGCCCCCUCCACACUGUUUGUAUUCACUGCUUUGGGCACAGUAUAUAGUUAGUGCUUAAUAAUCACUGGCUGAAUGAAUGAAUGGAUGAAUGAACUGUUACCUCUUUUGAGGCUCCUCUCUGGACGUGCACUCAUUAUGUCCCACUCUGGUUCACUCUGAGACUCCAUCCAGCUGCUUGCCCCAGAUCCUACC